GAAGAGGUUGGGGGAGGUAGACUGAAAGAGAGGUGGGAGAGAGAGAGAGAGAGAGAGAGACAGAGUGUGAGGGAGGAGGAUACACAGCACUGCGGUGCUACAAGGACACUGAGCUUCACUGAGAGAUACUCUCAGCCUGAACACCGUACGACACGAACCUACUGUGGCCAGCGGGCAACGUGCAGAAUACACUCUACAGCAUCUACUUUAUCAGGAGCAUCUCUUUUUUUUUUAUUAUUUGCAAUUCAGGAAUUUUUUCAUCUGGACACUAUUUACAAGAUGUCUUUUUUCUUUUAGAAGCCCAGUAAAUGCAAGGAUUGGGUUUUUUUUUGUUAGGAAAUAGAGCGUCAGUUUUCUGUUCGUAUCUCUGUCUCGUGUAUGAAUGCGAGUGUGUGAGUGAGCAAAUCUCAGGGUCACACCGUUGCUGGUUGAAAGCAAGCUCUCGUAAGCCACGGUGCUGUGCAAGAGGAGCCUGAGGCGGACGCAGACACAGGGUUUUGGAGAACACAAGAACUGUCAGGUCAAAAAGUGCCAUGAGUGAGUCCAAGAAGCGGGAGGUGGAACUGAGGGAUAAAGCCAUCAUGCACCAGCAGAGGAGACUGAAGCAGGCCACCCAGUUCACGCACAAGGACUCAGCUGACCUCCUGCCACUGGACGGUCUCAAGAGGCUGGGAACGUCCAAAGACUUGCAACCUCACAACAUUGUGCAGCGGCGCCUCCUUGAGGGUAAUAUCUCCCGGCUGUGCGGGGAGGCACGUGACACCCUGUCCCGCGUCCGCUCACCUCUCGCCGAGAGCAAGGAAGGUGCUGAGGCAGAGGAGAGGAGCGAAAGCACCAUCGAUGACUCCACUGAAGAGAAAGAGUCACCUGAGGAGAGCGAAAAAAGUCUGAGAUCUGAUGAGGAGGAUGAGGAGGAUCAACAUAGUGAUCACGGGGAUGCUGAUGGAAAGGCAGGGAUGGACAGAGGAGAAGAAGGAGAGGAGGAGAGAGAGAGAAUUCCUGUCCUCUCAACUUUGCAGGUCCAGUGUAAGUGUGGUGAUGCUGAGGUGAAAGUGUCCAUUAACACAGGCUGUCAGUACAACCACAUCUCCAGUACAUGCUGCAGAAGGCUGGGACUGAAAAUCAGUCCCAAGAUCAAGCCUGUCAGUGAAUCGAUGCAUGCUGCUGUGACUUGUGUGCAGAUCCUGAUUGGUAGUGAAAGAGUGCAGUGUACUGCUCAGGUCAUAGACGAUGAAGCGUUUGAGCUGUGCCUGGGCCUACAGACUCUCCUGGAGCUCAAAUGCUGCGUUGACCUGAACAGCAGAGCGCUCCGCCUGCACACCACCGGCGAGGAGCUGCCCUUCCUGGAGACACCCAGCCGCAGCCAGUGCCAUCACCGUGACAACAGCAAAAACCUGUGACCCUUGACCUCACCCUCUAUCAAGCUCCCACUAAAUUUGAGUGGGAAUUUGAACCACAGCCAUCACUCUCCUUCUUUUUUCCUUUUCUUCAUUCACCUCAUUUUUUCCUCCCUACAGCCUUUUGUGUCGGUUUGUGUGUCGAUUAUCGCUGAAUCAUUGUUUUGUGCUUAAUUUGUGGUACACUGAAGGAGAAGAUGAGAAAUCAUACCACAUGGAAACGGUCCAGCCAGAACAGUAAACAAAACCUUUAAUGGACCAAAAGUGGAUCAAAAUAUUAGCCAUAAAUACCUGUGAGUUAUCACAACAUUAAAUUUUCUCAAUUAAACUGAAGUAAAUGAAGCACAGACAUGACUUACCUUGUCAGUGUGUCACUAGAUGACCCCUCGGUCAUAAAUCUAAACUCAAUCAUAAAAAACAAAAAAAAAAACAUUUAAAAUAUUUUUAAAUAAAAAUAAUUUAAGUGAAUCUAUUUGUUUAAAGCAAAGCUAAAAAUGAAAAUAUGUUAUAUAGCCACAUUUAUCAAGUAUUUCUUAUUAUAAUAUUAAAAUAAACCAAAUAUGAUAUUCAAUCUAUUUCUAGACUUAUUUAUAAUUUAAAACAUAUUAAAUUAGUUUGUUCUGUUGCCAGAUAAAUCAUCUGUUUCUAUAAAGGAGCAAAAUGAUUAUUUUUAUAAUCUAAUAAUUCUAUUUGGUUUAUUGAAAUCUAAUUUAAGAUCAUUUCCCUUGCUAAGAUGUUUUAUUUUUUCCAAGAUUAUAUCCAUAGCACUUAUCUGAUCCUGAUUCCUGACUGAAGAUUCAAACAUUCCAGCCUUCUGCGAGAUUUUCUAGAUCUAUAGAUAUAUAGAAAUAUAAUCCCAGUUUUUUUAUAUUUUGAAAUGCUCUUUAUAUAAAGUGUGUGAGGGGUUCUGUAUUUCUGUGGCUGAUUCUAUGCUUUUUAACAGCUUCUGUUUAACCCUUUCAAUAGGAAUAUAUAGAAAGCUGGUCCAAAAUAAAAAAAUCCUUUUUGAACCCAAGGCUUUCCUUUUUCUUAGCUUCACUUCACUCCUGUCCUGUGUUAGUUUGAGCUCUUUGUGGCGAGGCUUCCCCUAACUGCCAUAACUGAUCUACUGUGCCUAAUACUGCCAUUUCUGAGAUCAUUUAGUCCUUCACUGAAACUGCAGCACUGUCAAAUUGUCAAGCACUUGCCCCUGAUCUCUAUUAAAAUGUGUGAGUAAGUGAGAGGAACGCUCAAUCUGCUAAUUAUUCUAGCCUCUCUCACCGUCUCUGCUGCGGCAGAUCUCAGAUCAGAGAUUAGUCCUGCUUUGAUUACACUCUGCCUCUCUGUCUGCCUCUGGGGUUUUAAAAAAAUGGUAUGCUGUAAAUGAAGGUGUAUGAAAGAGAUUAUCAUUGGCCUGUUUUUUCUUUUCUCUGUCUAAUAAAAAAAUGUAUUCUG